AUGCUGUCAAUAGUAAGAAGGAUACCGGCCCCUCUACCAGCUUACCACAAGCAUCACAGGCUAAUUCUCAACCUGACAGUUUCUUUUGCGUGGUCCAAAGUAACUCUUGAUGUUAUUGUCAACUUCGCUCUUGGGUUCGACCUCGAGAUCACCCUGAAGCCAUCAGAGUUUCACGAGCUUUAUCAGCAGGUCUUCGACCCUCCACCAUUUGGAAUGCUCCUCGUCGCCAUAUAUGCCUUCUUUCCCGCCAUCCGUUCAUUCCCUUUGAAGGAAAAUUACCGUUUCAAACAUGCCAACGACAGAGUACGCGACAAGAUACGCGAGAUCAUUCGGAACAGAGAAGCCGAAUUGUCCGAGAAGUCGAUCGACGCCGUCGAAAGCCCUGAUCUACUCACCCACAUGAUUUUGGAAUCUCGCGCUAUGGGGGAUCCUUGGUCAGAAUCUAAGAUACUCGAAAACGUUCUGAACUUCUUCGCGGCCGGGCACGAGUCCUCUGCCAGCUCCUUGACGUGGUUAACCCAGAUGUUCGCGCAGCAUCCCGAAGUUCAAGAUAAGGCACGAAAGGAGAUCAUAGACCUGUUGGAACGUACACCGAAUCCCAGUUAUAUGGACCUUCAAAAUCUUCCGUACCUGGAUAACGUCCUCGAAGAGAACCUGCGACUGUUUGCUCCCGGAAUUUCGGCAGCUCGAGAAUCGAUUCAAGAUGUUGAAAUCUGUGGGACAGUUUUUCCAAAGGGCACUUCUUUCAUGAUGAUGCCGACCAUUAUCAACCUGAAUCCCACCAUCUGGGGUGAAGAUGUCAACGAGUUCAAACCUGAGCGAUGGGACAAUCUGACUGGCACAGCUGCGGACCCACAUGCGAUGUCGACAUUCUUGUACGGACCACGAUCCUGCAUUGGCAGGGUAUUUGCAUUGUUGGAGAUGAAGAUGCUUUUGAUCGAAGUUCUUCCAAAAUUUCGGUUUGAGAUGGCUGUCGAUCUCAAGGACAUUGUCUUGGUCAACCCCAGCCCUGCUUUACGUGUCCAUGAGGGGCUGCAGAUGCGUGUAAGUAGAGUUUAG